AUGUUGGAAGAAAGAGUUCCGUUUUUAGAAAUAAAUGAAAAUAUAAACAAUAGAAGACGCGGGUAUUUACUAAACAACAGUUUGAAUGUAGAUAGCGGCCCAGUUGAUUUAACGCAUAUACACUGCGGGUCAACAACCGCUAUAAGCGAGGUCAAUGAACUGGCUCGCGCUGAUAAGGACGUACCUGUCCCAUUCUCACGCGAUAUUCCUGUCUCGGUCGCACCACUAACUGUACAUCGCUGCGAGGCAAGUUCUCCAGAGAACAGCGGGUCGCAAGUGGAGGCCCUCACCGUGGUUUCGACGAAUGUAGCCAAUUGUGCUAACACCGCUGCGCCUGCGCCUAUGCACUCCGAGCCUACGCCGAUUAACGAAAACAGUGCGAAUAAAAAACAUGAAACAACAAUGAGCUCGGGACGUAAAAGGUUUUCCGAUGUGGUGCGCGAGGGUGGUCAAUGGAAACCAGAAGCACCAAAGGAUGAAUGGAUUCUUUUGCAAAUAAGACGGCUACGAAAUCGUUUUAUGGCGAAAAAAGGAAAAGCAGAUCUAGAGUUGGAUUGCGGUUUCAAGGAGGCGGAUGUUAAAAUUCCGUUUUACAUUUAUAAUGUUGACAAAAAUGCUUCUGUCGAAGACAUAAGUAAAUAUAUUAUGAGCAAAACAAGCGUGGAAGUUGCUUUGGAGAGAGUGAACAUGACGCAGAAAAAGGAAUACGAAGUCUAUGAGUUCCUUAUUCCGAAACAUAAGUUGUCCGUUUUUAUGGACGAAAAUAUAUGA